GCGUUCCGUCUCUCCCCGUCCCGUCCCCUCCGGGCCCGACCCCGACCCCGCCCGGCCGCCGGCCCGCCCCUCCUUCGCGGCGCUCGCUGCCACGCUCGGGGCGCGGAAGAUGGAGGACUACGGGCGAUUCUUGGCGCUAUUGGCCUCCACGCUGCUGGUCGGCUUCGUGUCCGUCAUCCUCUCCCUCGUUUGGGUCUUCCACUACCGCGAGGGGCUCAGCUGGGACGGCGGCCUGGGGGAGUUCAACUGGCAUCCCGUCCUCCUCAUCAUGGGCUUCGUCUUCAUCCAGGGCAUCGCUAUUAUUGUGUACAGACUGCCCUGGACCUGGAAGUGCAGCAAACUCCUAAUGAAGUUCAUACAUGCUGGAUUAAAUACCAUAGCCAUGAUUCUUGCAAUUGUUUCUAUGGUAGCCGUGUUUGAUUACCACAAUGCCAUGAACACUCCUAACAUGUACAGUCUGCACAGCUGGAUUGGGCUGACUGCUGUUAUAUUUUAUUCUCUCCAGCUCGUCUUGGGUUUUGCUGUCUUUCUGCUCCCUUUUGCUCCGGUUUAUCUCCGAGCAUUUCUCAUGCCCAUACACGUUUAUUCGGGUCUCACCAUCUUUGCGACAGUGAUUGCAACCGCUCUCAUGGGAAUCACAGAAAAGCUUAUAUUUUCAUUGAGAGAUCCUGCAUACAGUGCAUCCCCACCAGAAGCAAUUUUGGCCAACUGUCUUGGUCUUUUGCUUGUCGUAUUUGGUUCACUUGUUUUGUGGAUGGCCAGCAGGCCCCACUGGAAGCGCCCCCUAGAAGAGAGCACUAAAGUCCUGCGGCCCACUGGAGGCACUCCUGAAGGCACAGAAGUGGAAUCCACAAUGACAAAUAGGAGUGAUGCAGAUAAAUCUGACCUGAGGAUCAAUACUGAAGCAGCCAGAAAACAAAACCUCAAAUUGGAUGAAGCAGGCCAAAGAUCAACUAUGUAAAGAAAAUACACCGAAUAAAAGUACUAUUAUACUGCCAAAUCCUGCCCCUCCCCCUGGUGGGGUUCCUUCUAAUAGUUAUAUUGAUAUAAAAAUAGGUUGGGCGAUUAUUUUCACUAUGGCUUGCUCAAAGAGACUCAAGUUUUCUGCAUAUGAGUUUAAAUUCCAGUAAGUCCCAAACAUAUUAUAUUGGUUCAUGCUCAGUCCUCCAUUAAAAAAUGAGAGCAUGAAUGACAUCACCAUAAUGGGAAAAACACAUAAUUGGAAAAUGUUUUCCAUAUAAUUUCUUAAUUUUGUGCUUAUAUCUCUUACAGCCAUGAAAAAUUAACAAGAUUGAGACUAAAUUUUGCUCUGAGUGAUUUUGCAGGUUAUGACUCAGUCAUGAAGUAUAUCAGACAGAAGAAUUUAGUUGUUCACACAUCAAUUUUCUGGUAAUUUUCACUUACUUAGAGCUGUGAUUUCUCUAGAUGAUUAAUCCCCUCACCAGCUGCUGAGAUCUAUGGGAUUUGAGGUCAUUCAGCACUUUGAAGAGUUGCUCCAUAAAAAUGACUCCAAUUUUAGUCUAAAAUUUUUAAUCCAAAACAAGAAAUUAAAAGUUUGCUCGAUAACUUCAUAAAACAUUACGUUUCCUUUACAAACUUGAGAGUUAUUUUUUUUUAAUCAGAACAUAUCUGUUGACUUUUUAACAAACUCUACCAAAUAUACUGUAUACAGACAACAUUUGGCUUUGCCUUAUAUAAAAUCAUUACUGAAAUCUAAGGAAACGCAGAAUGGAAAUCGAAAUGCGGAAUCUGUCUUAUUUGAAAAACUAUAGAAACACACUUAGAAAUAAGAUAUAUCACUUAAACCAACUCUUCCUUUUAUCCCAGAAGGUAGCAUUUUACUAUCUUUGUUUGAUUGCACAGCUCUGUUGAUUUAUGGCACUAGACUAGAAAUUAGGUUAGAAACCAGAAAAGACUACUAUCAGUCUGUCAGAAAAAAAGGAGCCUGAAGAAGUUUUGAGAAGUUUUGCUUUCUCAAAGAAACAGCUGAGCUUUGCUGAUUUGAUUGAAGUGUUACCUAUUAACUGAAAGCCAAUUUGGGCAUCUCCACACUGACACAAUCAUCAUUGUCACAGGUAUGAAGACAUGCUUUAAUCUAUAAGCAAACUAUCUAAACUCUAUGACUUUUUAAUUUGAAAUUAAAGUGUUAAAUAAUACAGCUUGAGUCUCUACUGGCACUUUACUUUUAUAGCUCUUUCUAAUAAUUGAAGUAUUAAUGUAUUAUAAUCAUUCAAUAAUUUCACAGAUAUGAACAAUAUUUAUAUUUUUACUACCAUGAAAGAAUAGGUAUAGUAGAUUAUUUUGACUGCACAUAUCAAAAUGAUAAACCUUUCUCUGAUAAUCUCUCGUAAAAGCUGCAGAGCCCACUACAAGUCCAAAUUUACCACUGUUCAUAUUGGAAUAUAGACAGUUUCAGACAGCAUAUAAUUUCCUAAUUUUUUAAAUACUACAUAAAUUUUUAUCUACUUCAGGUUUUAAAAAUGUUUAAACACAUUAAACUUCAACAAAUAUGCCAUUUUUGCAGUUCAGUGUUGUGUUAGUACAAACUAUUUUGGACAUGAGUUAUUUUGGAUCUUCUCUGACAAAAAGCAGUUCAGACAAAAAUCAAAAAGUUUGAUUUAUAGUAACAUUUAAUUAUUUGGUGAAUGCAGGAGAGAAAGCCAACAUCACAAAAUAUUUUAAAAGCUUUUCUGCUGUACCAUUUGGUACUCAAGGACUACAUCCCAAAAUUUUAUAUUUACACUUACAUGUUUGUGGAUGACUGGGACCAACCUAGCAUUGGUGUAUUUUUUCACUGGGGAAAAUACCUGCUUUUAAAUGCCUUACUGUAGAAUUCAGGUAUGACAGAAGAAAUACUAAACUACUGUGUGAGCACUCUUUCAGUCCCACUAUGUGCAGUGAGUCAAACAGUGAAGUGUGACAGGGGAAGUGAAUAAAUGAACCUGCCUGUCGCAGUAAUUUACUGUGCAGCUUUGUAUGCUGCACUCAUCCAGGCAACAGCAUUGUAACUUGUGUGUCAGCCUGUUACUGUGUCUCACCCACCUGGGAAAAUGAGCUUAUUCAAUCCUUGCACAGUACUUAGUCAUCUAAUGAAAGCGUACGUUUGUAUGGAAGGUAGUCAAUUGCCUAAGGAUUGUUCUGGAAGAAAUGAUCUGUACAGUGUACUAGGAAAAGCCCCACAAAAUCCAUGACUUCUUUUGUUACAGCACUGCCUUGGAUGUAUUGAAAUGAACAGCUUUUAGGUGAUUGGUUCUCUCUGGUGUUAAACUUAAGCCAUAGUAACCACUAUGCCUUCUGAUUUACAUUUCAUCCCAUGUACUGUUCAAGGGGAAGGACACCUGAAAAAAGAAUGGUGGCAUUUCUUUAUGUCCCAGUUUAAAUGGGACAAGGGUCUUUUGCUGAGGAUGAAUUAGGAGGAAAAGACCCAAACUUCUUUUUCUAAGCAAUUAUAAAUCCGAAAUUAAGAGGCUCCGAUUGAAGGAAAACAAGUUAUGGAAAAGGGAAAACAAAAAAAUAACAGCCCUUUAUUAAAAGGUAUGUGUGUAUUAACAGGAACACGAAAAAACUAAGUAAAACAACCAAGCAAUACUCCUAUACCCACCAAUAAUCCCCUUCAAGAACAAAACCGAUGAACCGGCAAAAGGAAAAUUUAAAUAGUUCAAUUUUUAGCACCCUUUGGUGCAGUUCCAGCCACAGUCAGCAGGGGGCGCCGUUGGGUCACUGGAGAUGCAAAAUUUGUAAUGUCCUGUACCAUUCACCAGGUAGUGUUGUUGAGUUACUGAAGGUGCAGAACUUGUAGUGUCCUAUUGUAGUCACCAGGUGGCGAUGUUGGAUCACUGGGGGAGUAGAACUUGUAAUGUCCAGUGCCCGUCACCAGGCGGCGCUGUGAGACCCUUGGCUGCCGCCAGGUGGGGGGGAGGGGGGGGAAGAAGGGGAAGGAAAAAACAACAGCAAUAAACCAGAAAGUUCUCCCAAUGGAUGAAAACUCACAAACUUCAGCUGAUUAGGGUCCGUUGUAAGCAGGGCCUGCAGCCAGCCACAGUUGAGCCGAGAGCAGCAGCAAAAACUCCCCUCCGACAGGAAAGAGACAAAGAAACCCGGCAGUGUCUGCAGCCCGCAGCAGGCUCCCCUCAGGGUAGAGAGACUGAGCUCUCCACCCAGCCUCCAUCCCCUUCCAGUCACACACCAGCCAACUUCCCCCCUUCGUUGUCAAGGAGACUAAUCUCGGCCAUUAGUGGUCAGGCCGAUUCUUUUGUUCACCUGAUGGCUCAUCCACAGAGCACACACGCAGGGGGAAGGGAAAGAAAAAUUCCUUGCUGAAAUCAGAACUAUGACACUUGACCUCUCUAUUCUGAUGAUAUAAAACUAAUUGAAAAUUGAGGAUUAGCAACCUUUUGAGGGGAGCUUGUUUUUCCACUUAGAGGUUAAGCACAAUAGUAGAAACUCAGUGGAAGCUGAAAGAUUCCAUUUGUGGAAAUCAUGAUAAUCAGUCAUAUCUCAUGUGCAUGAACUGUGGGCUUCUGGCUACUGGUCUGUGGAAAGUCCCCACGAGAUGCAGGAGCUGUGAGCUCCUAAACCUUCAUCCACCUUUAGUUUAAGACUGACCAAACAUACUUCUGGCUUCAUUCUAAACUGAUUAAAAAGGUCUUUACGUAUCCUUGCAAAAUACAAGAUUAGUUCAACUGCUAAAUUAAAAUACAUAGGGCUUUGGAGAGUAAUAGUUCUAAAUCUGCUUCUCAAAGUGGCCUUCCAUUAACUUUCUUUCAUGUAACAUUUCUUGCCUGUAUUUAUGAGUAACAGUAGCAACAUAAGAAAUAAAGUGUAUUUUCAAAUAUAUAAAAGGAAGCUUUUUUAUCAGGAUUUUUCUGCAUGUUUAGAAGUCUUCUACAUUGUUGUUUUUACACAGAAGUGAUUGUAGAGCUUAUACUCCAAGCUUGGAUUCCUAUAAAAACAUAGGAAGUUACAAAACCUAACAUUCAAAGUGUAUCUUUUUAAGAUACCUGAAAAAAAAAAAAUUAUUGUAUUUACAUGCUGUCAUGCAGUACUACGCACAGAGGCAGAACAGUGGUUUUUAUAACAUUAAUGAAACUGAGAAAUGAUGACGCAAAUUAGAUUUUAAAACUGAAUGUACAGUAAUUACAUGUAUGCUGUUACUACAUGUAACCAAGAAUAUCGCAUGUUAUAUUGUAAAUAUGGAUUAUUUGUUUACAUGGAUAUUUUAUUGAGGGACUAAGAGAUAUUGCCAAAUAUUUUCUAUUUCAGAUAUCUUUCUCUUGCUUUUAUUUCAGAAAAUUCCUUCCUCUGUUUCUAACUGUUCACAAGAACUUAAAAAAAUAUUUUAUUGUUUUGUUACCCAAGAUACUUAUUUGUAGA